UUACUUUUUUCCUUCUUCUAAGAUGAAUAUGAAACAAGCUAUGUUUCCAAGAUCUUCUGCUAAUGGAUUUGACCAUGGAAGAGGUGGUAGAGAGGUUGGGGCUAGGGUGGAGAACAAGGUGCAGUCCAUGAAAUCCAAUCAAGGAAGAACACAAACUUCAGGUGAUAUGGCUUAUGGGAGGACUGGAGGUUAUGAAUGUUCUUCCCGUGAUUGGUUAGUUUAUCUGACAAAGUGUCUUAUUGGGCAUCCAGUUCAAGUCCAUGUGAAAAAUGGAUCAAUUUACACUGAAAUUUUUCAUGCAACUAAGUCUGAGGCAGAAAACGAUUUUGGUAUGAUCAAUUAUUUGAUUCUGGACUCAUCCUGA